GUUCAGUCACACUUGACAACAUUGACUUGACAACUGUCAUGGACGAUUAUUAGGUUCUGGUAGGAGUUAUUUAUUAGUGCAGGCCUAUAAAAACGGCUUAUUUUCCUUUAAAUAUGUUACAACAUCCUAAAUAAUAACUGAUACAACUUUUCCCUGAGCAUUAUAAUUUCAUUUACUAUUGUAGAAAUUUUAUUAAAAUCUUACUUGUAGAUAAGAAUACUCUAAAGUCAUUUGAAAAUAUUGUGAUUAUGGUGAUAAUGGCAUAUCGUGUUUUAUUAGUCUUCAUUUUGGCAAUAAUAUGUGUAAGUACAGAGGAAGAAGCUGCUUCUCGAAUGUCGAAAUCAGAACGCCAGAGUUUAAGGGAGGAGGCACGAAAAAUGUUCUAUCAUGCAUACAACGCGUACAUGGAGAACGCAUACCCUGCUGAUGAACUGAUGCCUCUAAGCUGCAAGGGACGGUGGAAGGGCAUAACGCCGAGUCGAGGUGACAUGGAUGACGCUCUCGGGAACUUCUCCCUAACAUUGGUGGACAGCUUAGAUACGCUGGCUGUGCUGGGAGAUUUCUCAGAGUUCAGUCGCGCCAUCAAGCUAGUCAUCAAAGAUGUCACUUUCGACCACGACAUUGUAGUCUCCGUAUUUGAGACUAAUAUUAGAAUGCUCGGGGGAUUGUUAUCAGCGCAUGUGUUAGCCACCAACUUAAAGAAUGAAGUGCCUGCCUUGCAGUGGUAUAAUGGAGAACUGCUUGCAAUGGCGGAGGAUUUGGGCAAGAGGCUUUUGCCUGCCUUCAAUACGUCUACUGGGAUACCACAUGGAAGAAUUAAUCUUCGCCAUGGUAUGCGAGGGAUGUCGGAGUCCCGAGAGACGUGCACGGCGUGUGCUGGCACAAUGAUCCUCGAAAUGGCAGCAUUGUCGCGAUUAACUGGCAACCCUGUCUACGAGCAAAAGGCACACAAAGCUAUGGACAGGCUGUGGAAGAUUAGGCAUAGGACCUCAGAUCUGAUGGGCACUGUCAUAAACAUACAUUCCGGUGACUGGGUUCGCAAGGAUGCUGGAGUCGGCGCUGGCAUCGACUCCUACUACGAAUACUGCCUCAAGGCUUACAUCUUACUCGGAGACGAGAAAUACCUGGCCAGGUUCAACAGACACUACAACGCCGUCAUGAAGUAUAUCAGCAGAGGUCCAGUUAUGUUGGCUGUUCACAUGCACAGACCUCACUUGCAAUCCCGGAACUUCAUGGAUGCUCUGCUUGCGUUCUGGCCCGGUCUUCAAGUGUUGCUCGGUGACGUCAGACCCGCCGUCGAAACACAUGAGAUGCUUUACCAAGUCAUGCAACGACAUACCUUCAUUCCUGAAGCUUUCACUUCUGACUUCCAGGUGCAUUGGGGUCAACAUCCGCUCAGGCCAGAGUUUUUAGAAUCUACUUAUUUCCUCCACCGCGCUACUGAGGACGACCAUUACCUUCAAGUAGGAAAGACUGUACUUAAAGCGUUGCAGCAAUACACCAGGGUGCCUUGUGGGUACGCGGCCGUUAACGAUGUAAGGACACGUAAUCACGAGGACAGAAUGGACUCCUUCGUGUUGGCCGAAACAUUCAAGUACCUCUACAUGCUUUUCGGCGAAGAUAAAGAUAUCCCUGUAAAGCUGGAAGACUACGUACUAACUACCGAAGCUCACUUCCUACCACUAUCUCUGGCGACAGACGGUAAAAACACCUCACAAUUCACCUUAAAAAUUGAUGAUGAGGAUGACGACAAAUACAGAAAGACUUGUCCUAAUACGGCGUCGUUGGUAGCGGAGAAGGUGCGGCGUCCGAUGCGUCAGUUGCUUGGGUCGACGUCGGCGCGGCCCCCCGCUCGCCUGCGCCCCCUCAACGACCCGCGACAGAUACAUACGCUGUCCGACAUGGGAAUAUCAGUCCUGACACUCCCAGACGGCAGAGUUCAGUUGCUCUACACCACUUCGACGGCCAAGUCUGCAAAGGACGCUGCGGAGGGCCUUACGUUUAUGCGUGAAAUGUCAAAGUGGAAUUCCAUGAGUGAUAUAGAGAAUGGCGUAGUACCAGCAGGAGUGAAGGUCAAUGACAAAAUCUUCCCCGCCGGCCCGGGACAUUUCGGUAAAGAAAUCUCUGCCAAUAACCAAUAUGUUAACUCAGUUGCUUUCGUCAUUCCACUAGAUGCUUGCUCACCCAUUGAAAACAAAAAAGAUGUCGAAGGCAAGUUCGGCAUAGCCAAACGUGGUCAAUGCACUUUCGCUCAAAAAGUACGUCACAUGCAAAAUGCUGGAGUUAAUUUGGCUAUAAUCAUCGAUAAUGUACCAGACUCAACGCAUGAGAGUACUGCCUUGUUCGCGAUGUCCGGCGACGGGAAAGAUGACAUUGAAAUACCCGCCGUAUUUUUAUUCUCACAAGAAGGACGCUUCCUCACCGAUGCGUACCUGGAUAAACCAGAGAUGUCAGUCAUUGUGGGUGAGUUGAAAGCGCUAAAAGCACAACACGAAGACUUAUGCGAGGAUGGUAAUUGUGAAACUGUAUUGGAAACUCCGAAUGUGUCAAAUGACAAGGAAUCAUUCGAACACCUUAAAAAAGUACUGAGUCAGCUGGCGACGCAGUUCGAGUUGUCAUUAUCCAAUGAUGAUCAGAAAACUUGCAGCGACGAAUCAAAGGACGUUGUUUUAUCAAAGGACAAGUACGGUAGUGAAGACGGUAGCGUAGAGGGCCCUCCUAGUUGUUCGGCGAAGAGUGACACAAACAACUUGAAGCAAGCGAGCAAUCCAGUUGAUAAGGAAAAUGCAGAAGAUGAAGAGAACAAGUCUGAUGAAAAGGCAGAGGACGGUUUUUGACCAUUGGAAGUUCGCAUUAUGCAAAGGAUCGAUACAAAACUUACGGUAACCUUGCCUUACAUUAUGUGAUGGUUCUAAGUAUAGCGCUGUAACAAAAACUCAGGCAUUGUACUUGUGGCUAGCAAUAAAUACUCGGUGAUAUUGUCACUUGAGGUUUCUAAGCUCGGUACCCAGAUUUUUGUAUAAGUUUUAAAGUCUGAACUUACUUCUAUAUUGUAGGCAUUGAUAAAGUAUAGGUAAAGUCGAUAAUUCCAUUUAGGGAUUUAGUUAAUAACUUCGCAACUCUUGUACAACAGUUAAAGAAUCUAGAGUUGUACCAACCGAACUUAGAAUUUUUACUUGUUAUCCUAAAUAGAUUGUCAAUGUAUAAUAAAUAUUAGUUUAAAAUUCAAUAUACCUAAUCGUAUCAUAACUGUAUACAUAUACCUAUAAUACAAUUUAAUUAGGCGUACACGACGUGCAAAUUAUAGUGAUCAAUCGCAAUACUAGGUUCAAGUGUUUUGAAUAUGGAGGUUAUUAUAUAGUCUAACUUGUAUACAAAUAGAAUUUAUAAUUUUAUUUUUAAAAUGUUUUUAUUACGUCAAAGGCAUGGUGUUGUCAAUUUUAACUUGAUAUGUAUUUACUGGCCAGAGUAGCCUAAGAACUAGGAACAAAAUAGCUAGGCCAACUUGAUAAUAUUACAUGAACAAUUCUAUACAGACUCGCUCGCAGCUACGUAUGUGGCAAUUUCCAUAUUUGUUGGAGAAAUACAUCCAAAAAGUUGUACCACCUGUUAGCCAACACCCAUUUUUUUAUUUAUCAAAUAUUUUUUUUAUAUUCUGUCGUUAAUAGUGUCUUAUCCUUAUAUUAUUUGUUACUUAUACUCUUCGUUAUACUUUCUGCAUGAAGAGAUAUUUAUUUUUAUUUAUACUAUCAUUUAAGUCGUGCAAUAAUAUACUUAAUAUUGAAAUGUAUAUUAUGAAUUCAGGCCAAGCCACGUGAAAUUUGAAUAAAAUGUGUUUUUUAUACAAUUUAUGUAGUGUAAUUAAUAGAAGACACGUUAGUGUUAGUACAACUACAAUGUGAUGUAAAUACUAGAGACAUGAAAUUGUAAAUUACAUCCUAACAUCAAUGUCAUGUAUAUAAUAUAUAACUAGUAUGUACUGGUACUACAAUGUAUAAAACUUGUGUACAUAUUGUUCGUAAGGUAUACAAUUAUUCGCCAUUUCACAAAGGAAGGGCACGAUGAGGUGACGUUUGGUAUUUAAAGUUAAUACAUGAGUGAAUAGUGUUAAAUAUCGAUAGAUUAUAAAAAAGUGUCAUUUAUAUCCAUUUAUAAAAUAGAAUAUCUUUAUUUUCUAGUAUUUAUGAGACACUGUUUUUUCUUUGUUUAUUUUUAACAUAAAAAUCCUCUUAAAUAUAAAUAACGGCUUAACCUCGCAUUGGUAAUAUUGUUAUUGUAAAGAUAUAUGAAUUAAACCUUAUAAGUUAAUUAUGUUAUUUUUAUAGUUUCAGUGGCUAUUAGGUAUCAAAAAUUAAGAACUUAAAACGGAUCGCCUCAAGUGCUCUUGCUAUGUGAAAUGGACUACAAUUAUAAACAUUUUCCGUGCCUUUCAGUCUCUUAUGUUUCCUCUGUUAAAACACAACAAUAUACAUGAAUAAACUAUACUUAUAUCGUUUAUUUUUACUUAAGUAUUCACUGUUUAAAAUGAAGGUUUUAUAAAUAUCUUUUAAAGGUUUUUAUUAUUUUGUUUUAGUACUAUAAAUCUGUAAAUAAAUUCGUGUUACUUUUAAUUUUGUUUGUUUUGAUGCGUUACACACCCACUCUUUGAAGGAGUUUACUUACUAGGUAUAUUAUGGUGAGCA